CUCGAACGUUGACAACUGCUCAGCAUGAGCACGCAGACAAUCACCGUCCCAGCCUCCUCCUCCUCCUCCACCCUCUUCCUUCCCAACCUUGGGCUUUCGCAUUCAAAGCACCCCCAAUUAGAGGAUGGCCCCGUUGAGCCUUCUCCCCAGGAGCUCCUGGAUAGGACCUUAUAUGCUCUACAAAAAGCCGAAAUUGCAUUGAUUGAGUGGGGCACACUCCUGCACAAUCGCAUGGGCGUUCCCACCAUUUUGAAGCACCACCAUUUCCUUGUCCCAGACGACGAUCUCCUCGCAGCAUCUCGCAUCGCUUCAGAAGAGGGCCUACCACUUUCAUCCCCUCCCCAGAUCCUCGUCGACACGCAUGGUGAUUUCUUCACCAAAGGGCAUCUCCAUCGCCUCACGUCCUCCACCUCUCCUGCCCUCGCCCAAUACCUGAUCCUCUUCCCCUUCUCGUUCGCCUCCUAUACUCCUUCCGAGCUCGAGCCGCGCCCCCGCUUCACCUCCCUCGCCUUCCCACUCUGCAAGACCGUCCUCGUACCCCAGCGCCCCGCCGUCUACGCCUCCAUUCUCCGCGCCAUGACCGCAUAUCCGCGCUGGUCGCCCACGCGCAUGACCCUCGAGUCGCACCUCUCCGAGCUCAUCGGCUACAACCUGUAUGACCUCGCCGACGGCUACGUCGACAUCGAUGACGAGGAGCUCUGUCAGUCGCAAGAGGUCGAUCAGCGAGUCGCGGAGGCAGUACAGGUCGUCAAGGAGUGGGCGUGUGCGGGCCAGUGGAGACAGGGGGAGGAAUGGAUAGGCGAUGCGUUGGUCUCUGUCGUAUCGGGUGCAGUGGGUCUUCCUGUAUGA